UGCACAAGUUCUCAACACUGUAUCUCCGUAACUAUUACUAUUCAACUUGAAUAUUGUUGUAGAAUUUAAUAAGACAAUUGAAAAAUCGAUUUUUUGAAACCUUUAAACCGAAUAUACCAAAUUCCUGUAAUCGGAAUGAAUUCGUUCCAAUGACCGAACACCGCAAUUUGUCGAUUCCAGGUCUCAAAUCAAACAAACUUUCAGUCAAAAACUGAAGACAUUUGGAACAAUUUGAAAACGAUAACGACACAAGCAAAAAUUCUCCCAUUCUCAUAUUCAUCUGCGUAGUUUGGAUUGGAUUAUUUCAAGAAAUUAUGCCAUUUAAUGACCUCCAAAAAGUUCUGAAUACUUCUUUCGGAGUUAUUUGAAGUCGUUGGUCUUUAACAAUAAGUCAGACUCCCUUCACGCUUUAGAAUUCAAUACUCAACGUGCCAUUCAUGACUUACGAUUUGUGGAAAAAGUCCUCUAAAAUUGGGUUCAUCGAAUUCGUUAAUCCAAAAGAAUUAAGUUAGUUGCUCAAUAUCCUUAAUUGAUACCUUUAUACAAUAUUACAGAGACAUGCUUCACACCCUAAUGAACGGAUCACAUCUUGCACAAAGGAAAGGCGCAGAGAGAAAUAAGAAGCUACUUCUACAAAAAGAGCUAACGGAGCAAAUUACAGAAAAUGAGAUAAUACGCUGGAAAAAUAAAAAACUCUUGUUCAAUGAAGAGGUGAAAAUUAUAGAAAAUUGUAAUAGAGAAAUCUUGAAUAAUCAACAAGAAGAGGAAAAACGAAAGAUUCAGGAUUCAGUAUGGGAAGAAUGCUAUAUUAAUCAUGUGAAGGAAGAGAAAGAAAGAAAACGAGAGGAAUCCAAACAAUUUGAGUUGAAGUUCUCCGGAACCGGAUGUGUGCUAAAACAGCAAAAUAAGAAGCCAUACAAUAAAUCUGCACGCUAAUUUGAUAAAAACUGAACAUGGGAUCUCAGUUAGGUUUAAGAACACCCGCUAUUGAUAUGAAACUGGUCAACCAAUU